GGUAGGUAACUUCAAAUUUGGAAGUGGGAACCACUUUAUAAUUAUAUUUUAUUUGCCGGAGCUACAGCUUCAGCUUGGUAACAAUCACAUAAAUUAUUUAAUGUAAGUUUUCUUUCUUAACAUCUAAUUAUCAAAUUUCAUUUCGGGACAAAAUGGUUUGGCAGCAGAUCAAUUGGCGACACAAAGCUCAAAAUCUCUAUGCCAUCUCGGCGGAACCCUUCCAAGUUCUCACAAUCACAAUCCUCAGUAUCUUGCUUCCUCUUUCCUUUCUCCUCCUUGCCAGGCUCUCUUGUUACAGUUAUCUCUUGAGCAUCAGAUCUGGUCCUACGCCGCCAUUCUCUUCUUUGCUCUUCUCUUUGUUUCUCUACGCCAAUCCUCUACUUCUUUAUUUUCUUGUUUCGAUUCUUAGCGUAGCAACUCUCCUCCAUGGCUUGACUGCUAGAGUUACCCUUCUAAGUGAGUCGCCGCCUGGUGAUCAACUUUACCGACCCCGACUGUGCACUGCAUGGAUUUUACUCUGUACUUUACAAGUAUGCGUUGGCUUGGGAAUAGAAGGCAGCAUAGCAGCUGACAUCGAUGGUCACACUUUUGAUGUCAAGAGAAGUUUGUUAAAUAGGGUAAUAUUUUUCGUGGGUUUGCAUGAGACUAUGCUUCAUUGGUGUAGAACCGUGGUUAAGCAGGUGGUUGAUGACACGUUAUUUGGGGUGACUAGAGCAGAAAGCUGGUUUCAAAGGGUGGCUAUGGCGGCGAGUUUUGGUAUACUGUGGUGGUUGAAGUUGAGGGAUGAGGUUGAAUGUCUGGUUAUCGUAGCAGAGGCAAAGAGAGAUAUGUUAGUGGGCAUAGGCAUGGCUGAUAUGCUUGGGUGGUGGCUUUACUACCUCACAGUAACAAUUGGUCUGGUGAGAGUUGUGAAAGGCUUAAUGUGGAUAAUGAUGGUUUUGCUUUAUAGAGGCUUGAGAAGAAAUCCACAAGGGUCUUCUCCCGACCCUUGUGGAAAUGAAGACAAGGUCUGAAUGUUGAGCAAUUCCAGGAAAUUUUAAUUCUUAGGUCCAUUAGGUUGUAUAAACACUUAAGUGAAAAUAAAUAAAUUAAAAAAAAAAAAAUCAAAUUUUGCAUUGAAAUCCACCUUCAUUUUGACGAUAUAUUA